CGCCUCCCGAGCCUGGGGCUGCCGCGUCGCGCCGUCCUGCGCCUUCCUCUCUGCCGCGGGGCGCGAUGGAGACGGCGCGCGGGGCGGCCGCGGCGCUGCUGGUGCUGCUGUGCGCGGGCUGCGUGCCGCGCGGCGGGCGCGCCCAGUACGAGCGCUACAGCUUCCGCAGCUUCCCGCGGGACGAGCUGAUGCCGCUCGAGUCGGCCUACCGCCACGCGCUGGACCAGUACGGCGGCGAGCGCUGGGCGGAGAGCGUGGGCUACCUGGAGAUCAGCCUGCGGCUGCACCGCCUGCUCCGCGACAGCGAGGCCUUCUGCCACCGCAACUGCAGCGCGGUGGCCCCGGCCCCGGCCUCGGGCGAGCCCCAGCCCCAGCCCCAGCCCGAGCCCCAGCCCGAGCCCGAGCCCGCCGGCCUCGCCCGCUACCCCGAGCUGCGCCUCUUCAGGGGCCUGCUGCGCCGCGCGCACUGCCUCAAGCGCUGCAAGCAGGGCCUGCCCGCCUUCCGCCAGUCGCAGCCCAGCCGCGAAGUGCUGGCCGACUUCCAGCGCCGCGAGCCCUACAAGUUCCUGCAGUUCGCCUACUUCAAGGCAAAUAAUCUUCCUAAAGCCAUUGCUGCCGCUCAUACCUUUCUACUGAAGCAUCCUGAUGACGAAAUGAUGAAGAGAAAUAUGGCGUAUUACAAGAGCUUGCCUGAUGCUGAGGACUACAUUAAGGACUUGGAAACCAAGUCAUACGAGAGCCUGUUCAUCCGAGCAGUGCGAGCCUACAAUGGUGAGAACUGGAGGACGUCUGUCACUGACAUGGAGCUGGCCCUUCCCGAUUUCUUCAAAGCCUUUUACGAGUGUCUCGCAGCCUGCGAGGGCUCCAGGGAGAUCAAGGACUUCAAGGACUUCUACCUUUCCAUCGCAGAUCAUUAUGUAGAAGUCCUGGAAUGCAAAAUACAGUGUGAAAAGAACCUCACCCCGGUUAUAGGAGGCUAUCCAGUGGAGAAAUUCGUGGCUACCAUGUAUCAUUAUUUGCAGUUUGCUUAUUAUAAAUUGAACGACCUGAAGAACGCAGCCCCCUGUGCGGUCAGCUACCUGCUCUUUGACCAUAACGACAAGGUCAUGCAGCAGAACCUGGUGUAUUACCAGUACCACAGGGACAAGUGGAGCCUCUCGGAUGAGCAUUUCCAGCCCAGACCAGAAGCAGUUCAGUUCUUUAACGUGACUACACUCCAGAAAGAGUUGUAUGACUUUGCUAAGGAAAAUAUAAUGGAUGAUGAUGAGGGAGAGGUUCUGGAAUAUGUGGAUGAUCUCUUGGAGGUGGAGGAGACUGGCUAGUCCACAGCAAAGAUGUGUCCCUUGAUGUUCAGGAGACCCAGAUUGUUCGUCUUCCUUUCCCCAGUACCCCACGUGGUUGAUACCUCAAAGCAUUCUAUUUACUCUGUGAAGUGAAAGAGAAGCCUCAUCUCUCACUACAUCCAAUAAGGGGUGAGCCUGCCUUCUCCAUGACUACACCUGCCUCCCCAUGGUCUUCUCAUGUUCACACCUGCCUUCUCCUCAUUCACACCUGCCUUUCUCACCAUUUUGGCUAGAAGGACAGACUUCCAUUUUUUCCCCCAGAAAAUCACUAUCAUUUUUUUUUACUAUCAUUUUUUUUAAUAAGAAAAAUACUCCUAAAAUUAGCUCUUCCAGAUUUUAGACCCCAUUAUCCCCAUGCCCUGAUCCAAGAAAAACUGUGGAAAACAAAGGCCAAACUUCUCCACACCUUACGACAGCCUUUAUGUGGUCUGACCUGCACCAUUUCUGGCACCCACUGAAAGACAAGUUGGGUAGAUAGUGCAGACUACAGAAAUAUGGAAUUUGCCCAGCACUUCUACAUCUCCAAAGUCUUAAAAUGGUUGGUCGGUCCCCCUUAGGGACAAUUGUCAGUUACAAGUCUCAGAGUUGAGAAUGGAAGAAAGCAGAGGGAGUCUAGUUUCAUUCAUUUUUUUCAAUAAAUAUUUAUUGAGUACCUACUA